AAUCAAAUAAUCAAUUUCCUUAGCUUAAUCUGUGAAUCCACACCUUUAAUACUUAAUAAUGUGUAUCAAUCAUGGACAAUACGUGAAGUGUGCCGUCCUCCCCCGCAUGACGUUCCUCUAACAUGCCCGACGUCCCGCUCAAGACUAUCUCUGCACAGGUGGAUAGGACUCAGAGGCAGAGUCUUCCUUCUUUGCUGCCCAUCAAGCCAAUUCUGAGGCAGACGCAGUCCCAGAAUUGGGGAAAGAAGAGACCUCAUGUACCACCGACUAUACUCGAGGUGGAGACGGAAGUCAAUCAGUCGAGGGCUUCCAGUGUCCGGUCGCAUCACAGCAAGAAGUCUCAGAGGAAAUCCUCCGAAGCGGUGAACGGAUAUGAGAAUCAAUCGUACGAUGGACCUCUACCACCCAACAGAACUACGAAUUACUCCAAUAGUCUUAGAUCCAGUCACAAUUCCAGUCUACAAAGUUUACAGGUACAAAAAGAGCAGUACUGCUGCUGCUCUCGAUGGUCACCGUGCGAAAGGAAACUUGUGGUGUCUGUGGCUGUGUUGGCGACGAUCAUCGUCAUCCUUCUUUCGAUAGUGUCGGUCCUGGCGAAGACUUCGGAUGAGGAAGAACGGAAGGUGGAUGUCCCGCAUAGGCCGCUCUUGUUGAACAUAUAAA